AUGAACGUGACGCGCCGCAACUUUCAGAGGCACUUAAAUGAAUUACAGAAGGACUUGCAGUUACCCACAUGCCGCUUUGUGGCAAUUGAUACAGAGUUCACUGGCUUGUCACCUAACGAGCUUGAGCGUGAGCAAUACUUGGACACACUAGAGGAACGCUACAGCAAAGUCAAACGUGCUGGCGAGAGCUUUCUUAUCACGCAGUUUGGGCUCUCUACAGUGCACGUAGAUCAGCAGGAUAAUUUUCAAAUCAAGACCUGGAACUUUUACGUUUUUCCAAGACCUUACGGUUCGCUAGAUGAGAGAUUUAUGUGUCAGGCCUCCAGUUUGCAGUUUUUAUCAGAGCAUGGCUUUGAUUUUAACAAAUUUAUAGGAGAUGGUAUUCCCUUUGUCAAUUUGUCCAAGACUCCAAUCAUGAAAAAGCGACUGCAACGUCGUAUCGAUAGUCUCACUAAGGUGAACAAAAACUUGCAGCUAUCGGAAGACGGGAUGGCUUUCCAAAUAGAUCUGAAGCACCGAUUGGACCGAUGGAUCUCUGAGGGAGCCAAGAAAGAAGCUGUUGACGGUGGCGUCGAGGUAUUGUUCCUGUCGCAGAAGAGAAAAGACGAGCUCAUAGCCGCAAAGAAACAACAGAUGAGAAAAGAGAUGGAUGAGGCAAUUGGAUUUUCCAAGGUGAUUGAAGUCCUGAGUGACAGUAAGCUGCCGAUAGUUGGCCACAAUGCGCUGCUGGACUUCAUUUACGUAUUCCACCAAUUUUAUCGACCGCUUCCACAAACGCUCGCGGAAUAUAAAUUGCAGCUUUUGGAGCUCUUUCCGAUAAUUUACGACACAAAGCAUGUUGCAUUGCAUUCUCCUCUUGGCGACAAAUUACAAUCAACAAGUCUUUCAUCGCUGUUCGAGUAUAUGCGCUUGAAUGUCACACCCGAGCCAGAAAGCCUCAUGCCCAGCGACAAGCAGUUCGACACAUACCGCGAGGCUCUUAAAGCAGAAGCUGAUGACAACAAUAAGAUGCUGUGCCAUGAGGCGGGUUUCGAUGCAUUUAUGACGGCUGUGUGCUUUCUUGGUCUUCUGGCCCACGAUGCCAAUGGUGAAUUGCCUGAACAGCAUAAAUCCACGAUGGGUAGCUUAGCUCAUUUUAAGCGGCGAUUGGGAGAGCUGGAGAAGUUUAAAAACCAACUGAAUUUGAUGAUCUCAGAUCAGAGCUUUUUGGACCUUGGCAACGCUAACCAAACCGUCGACCGCACUCGCGUAUAUCGUGUGAGCAGCACAACCAAGCGACGAAUUCAGCACGUGCGCAUGGAGGACGUGUUUGAAUCAUCUAAAGUACAACGCAUAGUGCGUCAGAAUGAUCAAGAUGCGUUUGUGGUGCUUAAGGAACCUGCGACAGUGAAUGAAGCGGUCAAAACCAAAUUAGGUCUGACAAUCUCGACGUACGAUGAGCAUAUCGCUGCGGAGGCCGAGUUGAAUCGUCAAGAGAAGGAGCGAGGAGUCGUCUAUAGUAUGCCGUCAGAGGGUGCUCCUAAGGAAGAGUCAGCUUGGAGACAGAAACGAUUUAUUGAGAUUAAGAUUUACAUGAGCACCGACAGCGAGCAGCGUGGAGUGCACGACACAGUGACAGCGUCGAAACUCUCAGCGCACGAUCAGUUUGAGGCCAAGCUCGCUGAGAUCAAACGAUUGCAGGAACAGCUUAAUAAGACCCGCUUUCAUGUCUCUGCUGCUGCAAAUUUAGGCGACUUGGGCAAAGCUACAUUCUUCAUGAGCGACGCGUAG